AUGUUGCAGGAACCAACUCUUUGCACAUUCGCUAGCUCAGGUUUUUCAUAUCUACCUAUCUAUCACAGUUUAUUCAUAUCUAUCUAUCUAUCUAUCUAUCUAUCUCUAACAUAUAAUCAUUACUAUCUUUAUAUUUUGUAUGUUCAUAUCUAUCUAUCUAUCUAUCUAUCUAUCUAUCUAUCUAUCUAUCUAUCUAUCACAGUCUGUUCCUAUCCGUCUGUCUAUCUAAAUCUCUCUUUCUCUCUAUUCUGCUCAUAUCUAUCUAUCUUUUUCAGUCUGCUCAUAUCUAUCUAUCUAUCUAUCUAUCUAUCUAUCUAUCUAUCUAUCUAUCUAUCUAUCUCAGUCUGUUCAUUUUCUAUCUAUCUAUCUAUCUAUCUAUCUAUCUAUCUAUCUCAGUCUGUUCAUAUCUAUCUAUCUGUCUAUCUCAGUCUUUUUGUAUCUAUUUAUCUAUCAUUGUUAUUUUUAUUAUUCUUAAAAUCUCUUUUUCUACUACUUAAUGUUUUUUUUACUUAUUAUUUGAACAGCCUUCGUGCCAGCGUCUCAGAUCUCGACCCGCCAUUCGUUGGUGUUCUCUUGCGAAAGUUCCACCUAGGGUGCUCCUUCCCCAAAACUGUUACAUUCCCAGCAUAG